AUGAAGCUUACACCUGCUAUCUACGCCAGUUCCCUCGCCGUGAGGCAAGAAGGAAUCGACUACAACUCGGCACCGCCGAACCUGUCGACUCUUGCAAAUUCAAGCCUCUUCGACACAUGGCGUCCCAGGGCACACAUACUCCCACCCUUUGGACAAAUAGGUGACCCGUGUAUGCACUACACCGACCCUGAAACCGGUCUCUUCCACGUAGGCUGGCUACACCUGGGUGCUGCCGGUGCCACCACAGACGAUCUCGUGACCUACCAUGACCUUAACGCAGAUGGAGCGCCAUUCAUCGUGUCCGGCGGGAAAAACGACCCCAUUGCCGUCUUCGAUGGCUCGGUCAUCCCCAGCGGCAUCGAUGGCAAGCCCACUCUCCUGUAUACAUCCGUCUCCUAUCUGCCCAUCCAAUGGACCAUCCCAUAUACCCGAGGAAGCGAAACGCAAUCUCUCGCCGUAUCAACAGACGGCGGCCGAAACUUCACCAAGCUCGACCACGGCCCCGUGAUCCCCUCGCCCCCCUUCGCCGUCAACGUGACCGGGUUCCGGGACCCGUUCGUGUUCCAGAACAGCCGUCUCGACAGCCAACUCAAAAGCGCACCCGGAACCUGGUACGCCGUCAUUUCCGGAGGCGUGCACCAAGACGGGCCGAGCCAGUUCCUCUACCGCCAGCACGACCCAGACUUCCAGUACUGGGAGGAGCUGGGCCAGUGGUGGCACGAGCCGGCCAACACGACCUGGGGCAACGGCGACUGGGCGGGCCGCUGGGGGUACAACUUCGAAGUCGCCAACAUUUUCAGCCUCGACGCGCACGGCUACAACGCCGGCGGCGAGGUCUUCACCACGCUCGGCGCCGAGUGGUCCCUCGACCCCAUCGUGCCGCAGGUGUCGGGUUUCCGGGAGAUGCUGUGGGCCGCGGGCACCGUGUGCAGCGACAAAAAGGGCAACGUCAAGUUCGUCCCCACGAUGGCCGGGAAGCUCGACUGGGGCACCUCCGCCUACGCGGCGGCCGGCAAAGAGCUACCGGCGACCUCGCUCGCGUCAAAGAAGAGCGGCGCGCCGGACCGCUUCAUCAGCUACGUGUGGCUUACCGGCGACUUCUACGGCACCCUGCUGAACUUCCCGACGGCGCAGCAGAACUGGACCGGCGCGCUGCUGCUCCCGCGCGAGCUAAGCGUGGGCACGAUCAGCAAUGUCGUCGACAAUAAGCUAUCGCGCGAGACCGGGUCUUGGAGAGUCUCUCGCAACGACUCCCGCAGAGGCGUCGUGGAGCUCGCUACCCUGAAGCAGGAGAUCGCGCGCGAGGCCCUCGCUGCGCUGACCAGCGGCGACUCGUUCACCGAGCCAGGGCGCACCUUGACCGCGGCGGGCAGCGUGCCGUUCCAGCGGCUUCCCGAGAGCAAGUUCCACGUGAUCAGCGCAUCUCUCUCCUUCCCGCGCUCAUCUCGCGGCAACGGGGAUCUGCGCGCCGGCUUCCAGAUCCUGUCGUCGGAGCACGAGAGCACGACGAUCUACUACCAGUUCUCGAACGAGUCCAUUGUCAUCGACCGCAGCAACUCGAGCGCCGCCGCGGCAACGACGUCUGACAUCGACGUGCGCAACGAAGCGGGCCGGCUAAGGUUGUUCGACGUGGUGGGAGGACAUGGGGAGCAGCGGAUUGAGACGCUUGAGCUGACUAUUGUUGUUGAUAAUUCGAUUGUCGAGGUGCACGCGAAUGGCAGGUUCGCGAUUAGUACUUGGGCCCGGUCGUGGUAUGCCGACUCGAGAGAAAUUCGCUUUUUCCACGAGGGUAGUGGUGAGGUGACGUUUGGUAAUGUUACAGUUCAUGAGGGGCUAUACGAAGCUUGGCCGGAUAGAAAGAAUUAA